AUGGCAGACAAGACAGAUAUUGAAGCUAUUCUCAAGACGUUAACUCUUGAAGAAAAGAUCCGGCUUCUCGCAGGCCGCAACUUUGUCGAAACUGGCGAUGUCCCCGAUAAAGGGGUGCCUGCAAUCAAGGUAUUCAAUACCCCAACAGCCCCAUAUACCAAAGGCUCAGAAUUGACCAUAUCUUCACAGACAACAGAUGGCCCUAACGGCACCCGCGGCGCCGCGAUAGACGGCAGCACAAAAGCAGCAUGUUUCCCGGCUGCCUGUAGCAUAGCAGCGACCUUUGAUCGACGCAUAGCCCGCUCCGUCGGCGCGGCUCUCGCCCAGGAAUCAAAAGCAAAGGGAGCCCGCUGUCUCCUCGCACCCACAGUCUGCAUCCAUCGCCACCCGCUAGGAGGGCGCAACUUCGAGAGCUACAGCGAGGACCCCUUCCUUGCAGGCAAGCUCGCCUCGGAGAUGAUUCAGGGGUGCCAAAGUCUGGGCGUGAGCGCGACCAUUAAGCAUUUCGUCGCCAACGAGCAGGAGACUGCAAGGACAACGGUGGAUGAGACGAUUAGUGAGCGGGCGUUAAGAGAGAUCUACCUCAAGCCGUUUGAGAUUGCGGUCAAGGAGGCAAAGCCUUGGGCUAUCAUGUCUGCUUACAACCUCAUCAAUGGAAAGCACUGCGAUUCGAAUGAGUGGUUGCUGAAGGAGGUCCUGAGGGGGGAGUGGGGAUGGAAAGGUCUCGUUAUGAGCGACUGGGGCGGAACCAACUCCGUGGCAGAGGGGAUCAAGGCCGGCAUGGAUAUUGAGAUGCCUGGACCCCCGAGGAUACGCAAACCCGCGGCCGUGCUCGAGGCCGUAAAGAACGGUGAGGUCACCGAGGCUGAUAUCGACGAGCGCGUACGUACGAUACUCGAGUGGACGGAACAGCUGAACGGCUUCAAAGACCCGACCAUCACCGUGGAAAAGGCGAUUGAUCGCCCCGAACACCGUGCCUUGAUCCGGGAUGCCGGCGCGCGAGGCAUCGUCCUCCUCAAGAACGACAACAACAUCCUCCCACUCACGAAGGAAAAGGUCAAGGGCAAGAAGAUUGCCCUCAUCGGUUACGCCAAAGACGGCCUCGCCCACGGCGGCGGCAGCGCAAGCGUAAACGCACAUUACAGACUCCCACCUUGGGACGCCCUCCAUGAAGCUCUGGGCUCCGACGUGGAGUUCACCUACGCAAAGGGUGCUCACAAGGAGCGUCUUCUCCCGCCCAUCACCCACGAUGGAAGGGUCGGUACCAUCGUCGGUCUAGACGGACAACCUGGCUUCAGUCGGGUAUUCUACGACUUUGGCAAGGAGGAUGUCGAGCCUGUUUCGGUCCUAAACAGCUAUCCAAACUCAGCCUAUUCCCCGCUAGGCUCCCAGGAGUCAAUGUGGAAGACACUCGACAUCGUUGGCGACUUCACGCCUUCCGAGACGGGUUCGCACUACAUCGCCUGCUCAGGCAUAGGCCCGACCCAAGUCUUUGUAGACAACGAGGUCGUCUUUGAACAGAAAGGAAAUUGCGCAGAUCCUAUGGGCGCUCUAUUCCAAGCCGCCAACGAGCCGCAGACAAAACAUGCUUUCACAGCAGGCAAAACCUACCGCCUUCGCAUCCACAGCAAACCGCCUACCAAGAUUGGUCUUGAGAUCCUGGAAGGCCGCACAGGUGUGCGAAUGGGUUUCGGGCUGGAAUCAGACCGUGACGCAGACCUUCAGGGUGAAGCUGCGCGGGUGGCUGCCGAGGCGGACCUUGCUAUCGUAUUCACCGGGCAUGAUCCGCAGUGGGAGACGGAAGGCCGCGAUCAGGAAUCGUUCCAUCUGCCCUACGACCAGGAUGGGCUGAUUGACGUUGUAGCUAAGGCUAGCGGCGGCAAGACGAUCGUGGUCAACUCUACCGGCGUGGCUGUUGCGAUGCCCUGGCUUGGCAAGGUGUCUGCUCUGGCGCAGUCGUGGUUCCCGGGCCAGGAGUGCGGCAAUGCCAUUGCUGAUGUGCUCACCGGUGCCGUAAACCCUGAGGGUAAACUACCCGUCAGUUUCCCUGCUCGCGUCGAGGAUGCUCCCGCACAUGGGAACUUCCCCGGGAAGAGAGGUGAUGAUGGAGUGCUCAGGGUCGAGUAUGCCGAGGGCGUAUUUGUUGGAUACAGGCACUACGACCGUGUGGCAAAGGAAGUGCUGAACUUUCCCUUUGGAUACGGUCUUUCGUACACAACCUUCGAGUACACAGGCUUCCAAGUGACAAAGAGGAACUCUGCUGGAAACGAAUUUGACGUCUCGGUGGAGGUAUUUAACACGGGUCUCGUCGCCGGUGGAGCUGUGGUGCAGGUGUACGCUGGGCGGACGGAGAGGUCGGCGGACACGCCGGUCAAGGUGCUGGCUGCGUUUGACAAGGUUCGGCUGCAGUCUGGGGAAAAGGCUACGGUCAGGUUGGCGAUCUCGGCAAAGGACUUUGCUUCAUUUGAUGAGUCGGCGAGAGAGUGGGUUGUUCGGGCUGGAGAGUACAGCUUCUACCUUGGCGAGUCUGCGGCAGAGACUUUGCAGACUGUAUCACUGAAUCUGGAGAGAAUCAACUACCACAGAUAG